UGUGUCUAUGAUCUCGCGGGAGGAGAUGAGCUGCGUUUCGGAGAGUCUAACGAGCGGCCAUUGUGGGAUUACGGUUUCUGUGGGUUAACUGGAUCUUGUAAAUGUGCAGAUGAGUAGAACAACAACGUCACAGCUGAGGGUCUUCAAUAUCUAACACAAAGCCAAGAUCUCCUUUAACCUGCUAGAACUUCCGUAAAUUACUGUAAACGUCUGUAAAUGAGCCAAGAUUGGUUAGUUUGUGCCGACAACUUCAUGAAGAGAGGAGAGAAGCCUGAUGGACAUAGACAAAUGAGGCCCAAAACAUUCCCUGCCAGCAACUUUUCUGGGAGUAGCCGCCAGAUGUUGCAGGAAAUCAGAGAAAGUCUCAGGCAUUUACCCAAACCAUCAGGGGAUGCUGGGAGCAUUGAUCAAAGUAUGAUGAAAUUGGGUGCAGAAGAUUCAAGACAACAAGGCCGGAAUGCUCUUAAAUUUGUCACUUACCAAAAAGCCUUGCAGGAGAUCCGGAACUCCCUGUUGCCAUUUUCAAAUGAGUACAGUUCUUCAGUUCGUGGUUUCACGGAUGUAAACAAACAGAUGUUACAGGAUUUAGUAAACGCAGGGUUUGAUGAGGACAUGGUAGUUCGAGCUCUCAAGCAGACCAGCAGUCGCAGUAUAGAGGCUGCAAUUGAAUACAUCAGUAAGAUGAGCUAUCAGGAUACACGACGAGAACAGAUGGUUGCUGCAGCUGCAAGACCAGUGAAUGCAAAUGUGAAAGCACCAGCACCCAGCACGGUUCAGCAAACAAUUAACCGGAGGCCAAGCUGGAAGGGAUCAAAAGAAUCUUUAGCUGCACAGCGACAUGGUCCAUCAUUGAUGGAGGGUGUGGGAUAUCGAGCAGACAGCCCCGUCCCCCAGGUAGAAAUGGGUCGCCCGUUGUCAUCAGGUUCAGGAAUAACUGCGUAUACACAGAGCCAUCCGGGUAAUGGACAGGUGCCUUUGGGAGCAGUGAACACUCAGAGAGGGAACACCCAACCACCACUCCCAGUGAGGAGUGUAACUCCUCCACCACCUCCACCCAGAGGACAGACUCCUCCCCCACGUGGCACCACUCCUCCUCCACCCUCCUGGGAGGGAAGCCAGCAGCCAAAACGGUUCUCUGGCAACAUGGAAUACAUGAUUACACGAAUAUCACCUGUGCCGCAAGGAGCCUGGCAGGAUGGGUUCCCACCAGCCAACCUCAAUGCAGCCUCUAUAAUGAAUGCACCACCUCAAGGCCAAAGAGGAAUCAGUCCUAUUCCACUCGGUAGGCAACCUAUUAUCAUGCAAAAUGCCACUUGUAACAAAUACAACUACACAGCAGGCCGACCAGGCCACCAGAAUGGAUCGGCACCACCUGAAAGCUCUGUAGGUGGACACUUCGUGCCACAUUCAACUGUUAUGGGAGGAAGUGCGGUGAGUCGCCAGCCACCUCCAUACCCUCACUCUCAGUCUAGCAGAUUAAGCCCCAGCGCCCUCCAAAUGCAAGCUGGUGGGCCUGCUGCUUCCAAUUACAGUAGUAAUCUAAAUGGAAACGUUUCACAGUCUGUCAUGGUGUCAAAUCGAAACAGCCAGAACAUGGAUCUUUACAACAUCAGUGCACCUACUAUUACAUCUUCAUGGCCACAGCCACCUCCACCUCAGUCCCAGUCUUCACCUGGUGGACAGGAGAUGUCUAACUGGCAUCCUUCUCCAAAUCUGAAUGCACCUGUACGAUCCAAUUCCUUCAACAACCACCUUCUCUCCAGUCGGCAGCCUCAUUCCAACUCCCAGCCAUCCGUCACUACAGUAACGGCCAUUACACCCGCCCCCAUUCUGCAGCCUGUGAAGAGCAUCCGUGUACAGAAACCUGAGCUUCAGACAGCACUUGCACCUACUCACCCUCCCUGGAUGCAGCAGACAGGGCCUGUGCCUGAGUGUCCCACUCUAACCGAAGCUCCAAGUUAUCAGCCUCCACCUCCACCAUACCCCAAGCAUUUGCUUCAGCAAAACCAGUCUGUGUCGCUGUAUGAUACUGUAGCCAAGGUCAACAAAGAUGAGCACACAGCAAAACAGUGUAUGUUACAGGUGGCUCAGAGCGCAGAAGAAGAUGAGCAUGAUAAGGCUACCGAAUAUGGUGAACGGUUUGAUGCAACAGAGAAGGAAAAAAAACAAAUUACAACAUCACCUGUCCCAGUGCGGAAAAACAAAAAAGAUGAGGAACGUAGAGAGUCACGAAUUCAGAUAUACUCUUCACAAGCCUUCAAAUUCUUCAUGGAGCAGCACGUGGAGAACGUGCUCAAGUCUCAUCAGCAGAGAAUGCAUCGCAAAAAACAGCUUGAGAAUGAAAUGUCAAGGGUUGGAUUGUCAAAAGACGCUCAGGAUCAGAUGCGCAAAAUGUUGUGCCAAAAAGAGUCCAAUUAUAUCCGCCUCAAGAGGGCAAAGAUGGAUAAGUCCAUGUUUGUGAAGAUCAAGACUCUGGGAAUAGGUGCAUUUGGGGAAGUCUGUCUAGCUCGGAAAGUAGAUACCAAUGCAUUAUAUGCUAUGAAAACACUAAGGAAGAAAGAUGUGUUGCUGCGAAAUCAAGUUGCUCAUGUCAAAGCUGAACGGGAUAUCUUGGCAGAAGCUGACAAUGAGUGGGUAGUUCGACUCUAUUAUUCAUUCCAGGACCGAGACAACCUUUAUUUUGUGAUGGAUUACAUUCCAGGAGGGGACAUGAUGAGUCUCCUAAUCAGAAUGGGCAUCUUUCCAGAACCUCUGGCACAAUUCUACAUUGCUGAACUGACCUGUGCUGUGGAAAGUGUUCACAAAAUGGGCUUCAUUCAUAGGGAUAUUAAACCAGAUAACAUUCUUAUAGACCGAGAUGGGCACAUAAAACUAACUGACUUUGGGCUGUGUACUGGUUUUCGAUGGACCCACGAUUCUAAAUAUUACCAAAGUGGUGACCAUCCUCGGCAGGACAGCAUGGAUUUCAGUAAUGAAUGGGGUGAUCCCAAGAGCUGUAAGUGUGCAGAGAGACUAAAGCCGUUGGAGCGCAGAGCAGCUCGACAACAUCAACGCUGUCUGGCACAUUCCCUAGUGGGCACACCAAAUUAUAUUGCACCAGAGGUGUUACUCCGUACAGGUUACACCCAGCUGUGUGAUUGGUGGAGUGUUGGUGUUAUUCUUUAUGAAAUGUUAGUCGGACAGCCUCCUUUCUUGGCACAAACUCCGCUGGAAACACAGAUCAAGGUCAUAAACUGGCAGACAACUCUUCACAUCCCACCCCAGGCUAAACUUAGCCCAGAGGCAUCUGAUCUCAUCAUCAAGCUUUGUCGAGGUCCAGAAGAUAGGCUUGGGAAGAAUGGCACAGAUGAAAUAAAAGCCCAUCCAUUUUUCAGACUCAUUGAUUUCUCCAGUGACAUCCGGCACCAAUCUGCUCCGUACAUGCCGAAGAUUACACACCCAACAGAUACGUCCAAUUUUGAUCCUGUGGAUCCUGACAAGUUAUGGAGCGAUAGUAGCAAUGGAGAAAGUGUCAAUGACACACUCAAUGGCUGGUACCAGAACGGGAAGCACCCAGAACACGCAUUCUACGAGUUCACAUUCCGGAGAUUUUUUGAUGAUAAUGGCUACCCUUACAGCUACCCUAAGCCAUUGCAGUGUGAUUAUCUCAAUACAGAAACACCUGAACAUCAAGAAGAAAAUAACAGAGAAAACAUUGAAACGGGGAAAGGGAGUCAAAAUAGAGAGCUGGUUUACGUAUGAAGUGAAAAAUCAUUACUUUUCUUAAACAAGAGUGCCCCUCGUUUAAUUCCCAGGGACAGAUUUUAAUUUUUAUUCAUGCUUUCAAUUUUAGCUUAAGGGCUUACAGAAAGUUAUAUUUUGUAAGUAUUAAUUUAUUUCUACAUUGUAAUUGAAGCCUGUAGCAGUUACACUUGAGUUAAUAGAAUGCUGGUUUGAGCACAUAACACUAGAAUUGAAUUCAAUUUCUUCAUGUGAUCAGUAGUCGAUCAGAAAAAUUGUAAUUGACUUUCUUCUUCACUUACACUAAAUCUUUAUGAUUACCUUAACUGCUCUGAUGUUCUUGGAGAGCUUUAUGUAGGUGAGUGCACAGUAGGUGCCUUUUUUCAUUUAUAAGUUUAAAGGAGUCAUUUUGCGAGGCUGCAACCCCAGCAGAGAACCUUGCUUGAAGAGAAUACAGCCCAAGGUGGGAAUGCAGUGAAGUGGCUGACUCUAUAACCUGCACUUUGAAACAGUAAUGCUCUUUGUUGAAAGUGAGGAUAGAGAUUCAAUAGUACAGGGCUAAAUCUGUUUCUAUUUAACAAGAUGGCAAACUGGAGUGAAUUUAGGGCUUUAACACUACAGGGCCCUACUGGGAUGUGCAUUCAGAGUGAGGGUAGGGUUAUAAUACCACAGGGCCUAUUUUAGAUACACUUCUAGUCAGCCUAUUCAGUGAUGUUAUUACACACCUCCAGAGUAGAUGGGACUUGAAUCCAGGCCUAUCGGCUCAGAGGGAGGGACAGUACCACUAUGCCCCAAGACCCUACAAAGGGCCCAUUUAAUACUCUCAUUGUGAAUUGAGAGAGGUUACUUAACACAUAGGACGCAUUCUGUGGCUCAUGCUCCUUUCCGGUCAAGUUGUCCUUGAGGUGUUGUGAACAUAUGUAUCUGAAGCCUACAAAAUGGUCUUUUAUGCUGUGCCUUAAAACAUCCUGCUUAGCUUUGACCAAAUAUGAAGAAAUUAGUUUGACAUACUUUAUAUGAAAAUAAUUUUCUUUUAGAAGUGUGUAGAACACAGGUUAUUAGCUUUCUAUUUUUUCUAAUUUAUGCAUUGAAUUUAUUUAUAAAUUAUACAUGUAUAAACAUCUAAUUUGACUUCC